AUGCAGAAGGCGCAGCUGCAACCCAGCGAUUUGCACUGCACCGCGCUGAUGCGGGCCUGCACAAAAGGUGGAGAUCCCGCUACAGCGAUGCGUGUUUUUGCUGAGGUUGCCGAGCCGUCUGCAAUGGUGUUUGCCGCUGCUAUCUCUACCUGUGGAGCGGCUGGAGAUUGGGAGAUCGCCCUGGACAUAUUAUCUGCGAUGGAGGACGCCGAGCUAAACCCAGACUUGGUGUCCUUCAAUGCAGCCUUGGCGGCCUGCCACAGGGCCGUGAAGUCCAAGCCUGCGCUGCGGCUGCUGGAGGAGAUCCGGCGGCGGGAGCUGCAGCCUGAUGUGGUGUCCUAUAGCACCGUGAUCAGCGCCUGCGAGGAGGGACGGCGCUGGCUUCAGGCACUUCGCCUGCUAUCUUCCAUGGGUCAGGUCAAGGUACCUCCAAAUGUGGUGACCUACAGUGCUGCCAUCAGUGCUUGCGAGAAGGGCCGUCAGUGGGAAAGGGCCUUGCAGCUGAUCUCAGAGAUGCGUGGCAGCGGUGUCGAGCCCAAUGUCGUCAGCCACGCCUCGGUGCUGUCUGCAUGCGAGAAAGCGCAACAGUGGCACUGGGCGUUGCAUUACUGGGCACAGCUUCAAUUGGCAGGUGUUCGCAUGAAUCGGGUGACGUACAGCGCAGCGAUCGGCGCAGCAGGCAUCGGGAAGCACUGGGAUGCUUCGGUGCGCCUUCUGGCGGAGAUGUGGGCUCGAAGAGUGAUGCCAGAUGUUCGAAACUACACGCUGGCGCUCAGCACCUUGGAACAGGCCCGGCAAUGGCAGCUUGCGGUGCACUUGCUGCUACAGAUGCGACAGCGAAAGCUGAAACCUGACCUGAUCUGCCACAGUAUCGUCAAAAGAGCCCGCUUUGCGGGCCGCCUGGGGCGCCGAAGCUCCCG